GACAAACGCGUGGUACCCUUAGCAUUAAGCCCUCGAAAAUGAAGUGAAUUGCAGUUGAUAAAACGCGCGACUCCUGCGCAGACGCCUCAGUAUCUCAAUAAUGGCGCGCGUACAUAUUACGAUAUUAUUCGUCUUGGCCGCAAAACUCGUUUCAGGCGAUGUCGCGGCCCCAAAACCAAAGAAGGUUUUGGACACCACCAUGAACCCUGCAUACAUACCGGCCGAAGAGAAACAUGGAUCUUUCUGGAAGAAGUCAGCAGCACAGACUCUGAAGGCCAAGCUUGCAGAGAAACCGAACACUAAUAAAGCGAAGAAUGGAAUCCUGUUCAUUGGUGAUGGCAUGUCCUUGGCAACCAUUAUGGCGGCCAGGACGUUCUCUGGGCAGCUCCAGCAAAGUCUUGGAGAAGAGUCAGUCUUGGAUUUUGAGAGAUUUCCAGUCGUUGGAUUGGCUAGGACCUACUGCAUAGAUGCUCAAGUGCCCGAUUCUGCGUGCACAGCCACAUCUUAUCUCAGCGGAGUGAAGACGAAGUACGGGGUAAUAGGCCUCGAUGGCAAUGUCACUCGCGGUUCCUGCUUCUCACAACUGCACCAACCGAAUUGGGCGUCGUCCAUCGGAAAGUGGGCUUUGGAUCAAGGAAUGGAUGUCGGAGUAGUCACAACAACCAGAGUUACCCACGCUUCUCCCGCCGGUAUGUACGCUCACACUUCGGAACGCAAUUGGGAGUCUGAUGCAGACGUACCACCAGAAUGCUUGGCGGCUGGCUGCAGGGACAUCGCGUACCAACUCGUUACUGAAUCCCCUGGAAGACAUUUUAAGGUUAUCAUGGGCGGUGGUCGGCGAGAAUUUCUUCCUAACGUGACAAGUCUAGUUGGAAACACUAAAGGAAAGAGACGCGAUGGUGUAGACUUAACCGAACUGUGGCAUGUUGACAAAGUCAAUCUGAACGCCACGCAUCAAUACGUGACUGAUAGACAGGAACUUUUGAAGGUGUUCAAUUCGGAUGAUCUCCCAGAGUACUUACUAGGUCUGUUUCGCGAUGACCACAUGGACUAUCACUUGAAAGCUGAAAACCAACCAACUCUCGAAGAAAUGGUGGAAGUCGCCAUCAAAAUGCUUAGUAGAAGCACUAAAGGAUAUUUUCUAUUUGUCGAAGGUGGCAGAAUAGACCACGCCCACCACGACAGCUUAGCUCACUUAGCACUAGAUGAGACAGUGGAGUACUCAAAGGCCGUCAAGAAGGCAAGAAGUUUAACAAACGAGAAAGAUACCUUGAUAGUCGUCAGCUCCGACCACGCUCACACAAUGACUGUAGCUGGCUACCCUUCCAGAGGGAACGAUAUCCUUGGAACAGUGGACUCGGCAGCUGGUCUUGAUGGGAAGCCAUAUACUACUAUUAGCUACGCGAAUGGUAAAGCACAUUCGAUUGGAGCGGAUGGUACGCGGGUCGAUGUGACACUGCAAAAUGAAUUUUCGAUACGUGAUCCAAAUUAUGCGUACCCUAGUCUCGUCCCGUUGGACUCGGAGACGCAUGGGGGAGAGGACGUUGCAGUGUACGCCUCAGGACCCUGGCAGCACCUCUUCACAGCCAGCUAUGAGCAGAACGUAGUCCCACACCUCAUGGCAUACGCCAUGUGUCUGACAGAAGACCACCACGAGAACUGCGAACCUAUUCAAGAAAGGGUGGCGUCAAAUUCGAUCACUGUAAAACCUAGUACAACGAUGUUAGCCGGCCUAUCUGUGAUGCUUAGUAAAAAGUUCUGCUGUUAGGAUUUAAUACUUAAUUAGCUAGUCCCCGUGUUUAACCUCAAAACGCCUCGUAUCAUUGAGGAAAACCGCAUGAAUAUUCUUUCAGUAGUUUGAGAGAUUGGCCGACCAUUAACGUACGCAUCUACUAGGGAAAAGUACCUACGUACUUGUACCGACAGCAAUACGUUGACCUAUGAUUUCUUCAAUAGAUUUUCAACCUUAUCACGAAAGGUGAAGGUUAAUGUUCGAUUGGUACAAUUUGACAGAUCCGGGUAGGUUGACUUGCUGGCUUUUGUACCUAUAGUUGGCUAUUAUUUCGAGUUCCGAAAAACGCGGAAGGGUUUAUUGUUAUAUAAUAUAAAAUGAAGUGAUAUUUCGCUUUUAAGAUAAUAUAUUAGUAUGAAUUUAUUAAGUUUAUCGAAACAGAGCUGCUCGUGAAGUGGUUCUGUACACCAGUUCAAAUUAUCACUUAGUUUCAACAUAAAGUACGUGUAAAGAACUAUAGAACGUUCCUUAUAGACUAAGUAUUAGCCCUACGUAAACCGUUUAUCACCACGCUUGCACAAGUCUCAAGGUGGGUUGGCGAUUUCAGACUUUACAAUCUAAGUUCCCUUAAUAUGUUUUCCUUCACUUUAAUUCAGUCAUCACUUCAAGAUAUACUUAGAAAGUAUAUUUCUGGUAAUUAAAACUAUUUAUUUAUUAUAGUACUAAAUGAUAGGCAAAGAUUACCGCUUAUUUUUCCACGAAGAGUUAGAGUACCCGUACACUACAAACUUUUAGUCGGCCGAUAGUUUGUUUUGGCUCUUAAAACAGAAUGAAAAUGAAUGGUCCUAGUACGCAAACGAAGAUCAGUAUAUAUAUCCUAGUAUUUCCGUGGUAUCAAACUGACUGAAGCCUUUGAUUAGAAUCAAGAUUUUCUUUAAAAAAAAUGCCGACUAUCGGCCAACUGUCGGCCGAAUAUUUUUGGUCUACUGUGUACUCUUAGUGAAAAACAAAGGUUACUACUGUUUCUUUCUGUACGGAAAUGUAUAGGAAACAUUUAAUAAGUGCUAAUAGUUGGUAGUUAGAAAAUAUUAGAAUGUUGAAUCGUGUUUGUUGUAAGAAAUUCUUUCUGUUGUUUUGUGAAUAAAUUAGUUUUAAGCAAGUUGAUGUAAUUAAGCAGAAUAUUUCAGUAUUUCUAUGAUUAGAUACCUAAUAAAAAAGUACAAUAUACAAUA